AUGGGAAGCAGCAAUAGAAGCGGAGAACCGAAAAAGCAGAUGGCAGAACUGAGCAAAAACCUUAAAGAAGGUGAGAGGAUUCUGGAGCCCACACGUAGACCCGAUGGUACUCUCCGGAAACCCAUCCGGAUUCGAGCUGGAUAUGUUCCACAAGAUGAAGUUGUCAAAUACCAGUCCAAAGGUUCUCUGAUGAAGAAGGAGAUGGCCUCGCAAGGGCCUCCAGGUUAUGACCCUGAUCCAGCUCCUAAGCCAAAGACUAAAUCUGCUAAGAGGAACGAACGUAAGAAAGAGAAGAGAUUACAGGCUAAUGCAGAAAAAGGUAACAGCUCUGAGGAUGGAUCAGCUAGUAAUUUAGACAAGGAAGAAGCUGUUUCCAUUGUGACUCCAAGCAACGGAUCCCAAUCUGUGAAUGUAUUGGUUUCUGGUUUGGAGGCUGUGAACGUUUCUUCAAAUAAUGAUGUAGCAUCUCGUACUUCGGAUCUUGGAGAAGCACCUAAUCCAGGAACUGCAGGAGAAGACACUGAGAAAAGGAUACGUGCACUCAAGAAGAAAAUUCGACUAACAGAAGCUCAACAGCAAAAGACUGCUCCACGAGACCUAAAGCCUGAGCAAUUGGAGAAAUUCUCUAAGUUGGAGGAAUGGAGGCAAGAACUCAAGGCUUUGGAGGAUAAGGAGGCUUAG